AUGAAGUUUUUAAUCGAUUCUUCAUGGCACAAUAUUAACUGAGAAAAAGGAGUGUUCACUUCCUUUUCCUUUCGUUUUGUUUGCUGCAACCAGGAAAGAAGUAGCGCUUGUGUAUAUAAUAAAUUCCGUUGCUCCAAUUUCAAAGUGAUCAAUUUACUGGGACCCGGUAGGAUAACUAAUCAAUAAGUAACUGGAAACAUGCUCCCGAUUCUUGAAGGAUUCAAUUGUAUUAGCUUAUGAAAAAUGAAUCUAUACGAUGUAAUGUACCGCGAAGAAGUGUUUAACAAAUGUAAGCUUUUUGAAAUGUCUCUAUUGGAUAACACUUUUUAUUCUCACGACUGUUUUUGUUUUGGAGAAACAAUCAAUUUUAGUGGUUUGGUACCGUUAUAGUCCAACUUAAUCAAUAUUCUGGAACGUCGUACUUGACCUCCGUUUCGAUCAACUUCAAUGGCUAUCAUUCUUGAAGCACUGCCAUAAAGCUAAGAAUACUUCCAGGUGGAGGUUCCAAUAUACAACGGCUAUAUUAUGAGGUCAACGAUAAGAACACCAUCAGGACACUCGAACUUUUAUGUAAAGUGAGCAUAUACUCUACAGGAAACGUGCAAAGUUAGCGAGUCAUAAACGCUGAGUAUCCAAGCGUUUUGUCACUUCUAGAUAUUCAUAGUACUCUCGUUUUUUUAAUGCAUUGGAUUUCCAGACAGUUUAUUGACAUCAUUCACAAUAUGCACCACAUAUUUACAUUGAAUGAAGGAUUUUUAGUGGAGCAAUUUUCGACAUACAUAAAACCGAAGCUCUCGUCUGCAUGGCAUGAAUAAAUAACCAUUUUCCGUCGUCGACGUCUGGUAAAUUACUCCCCCAACUUGUGCGGUUCCCCUUUACAUCCGCUAGUUUCAGUUCUCGCAUUCGGACUAGGCAGGUGAACUUAUUCAUAGUGGAUGCAUAAUCGAUUUGAGAUCGUCGUGAUAUUUUUGGGUCAGUAUUUACUAUAGGUACAUAGCAAGCAAACAGUAGGCGCAUGGCUAUGAACAUAACCUAGGACUAGGACUUAUCGCCACGGGGGUACCAUGUUAUGUUUUGUUCGCGAUUUCUACCCACAUCGAAGCAAUCGUUUUGCAAGCCAAAAUUAUUUCCAUCACGAUACCGAAAUCUGUCAGCGUUACGCAAAUUUUCCAUCAAGUUUUUUUUUUGGAAAGAAGAGUGCUUUCGAAAUUACGAUAUUUCGAGAGUUUCGGAAUUUUGAUCUUUGAUUUGUGCAGUUCCCGCUAAACCAUUCAAGACCCUAUCUCAGUACCGGUUACAAACAGCUCUCUGAUUGAAAUGGAAAAUUGUGAAGCCGACAACAUAACACCAUGCCCGGAAAACGUUGCUGAGGAAGCUUGCGAGACUUUUGCUCUGCCCAGCUCCGUUGAAGGUGCUUGUGAGGAUGUCGUUCCGUGUGACGUCAUAACACCUGACGUCGCUUGCCAUCCGUGCGUGGAAAGUGCCCCGGCACCAGCCAUGGCUGACACCCCCCAGCAGCAGCAAUGUCACCAAUGUUCCUGUGGGCGACCCGACUGUAUGCCAAUGAAAAAAGUGCGCUACAUUCAACCAACGAGAAGGCAGCCAUGUAAACCGGUCGCAUGCUACAAACCACCGGAAGUAGAAUUUCAAGGUGAUUCUGUAUACAAGACAUCGUACAAUGCCGAUCCAGCGUCGAUCGUUUGCAACGCGCGGCCUAUGCCAAUACCGCCCCGCAACAACCUGGCGAUGGCUCCUGGAUGCUUAGAGAAGAGCACGGUCACAUCGUUGUCCUUUCCCUGUUAUAACAAUGUGGAACGUCAGAAGCCUAUUCUACCCACCGGGAAUCAACUGAUCGGUGAAGGUCCCAUUCAAGAGAUCACUACCACACGCCAUGACUUUGUACCCAAAACAACACCUAAACGGUACAAAAUAAUUCCGGAAGGUCACAUUCGUAGCGUGAGCGCUCCGUUCGAGAAACAAACAGUCAAUAAGCUUUCGUUCAGUUGUCCAGACAUGGCCCAUUUCACUCCGGCUCGGUCAUGUAAACCAAUUCGGCACUACUCAAAAUCUGAUGUUCCGAUGGCAUCUGAAACGACGACGAAGCUAAGCUAUCCGCCCGUAUGUCCCGGUCCGAAAGAAGACAUGCCAUGGGCUCGCCGGGCCGAGUACCAACCUCCGGUGAUCGCAAUGCAACAUGACACAACGUACAAAAACAGCUUCAUGCCCAACUGUUACAACGAACGCGUAAAAAUGGUUCCUCCGUUCAAUAACUUACAUGUACCUGCUGAUUCUGGGUUUGAAUCAAAGACAGUCUACAAAGAAAGUUAUCACAGUGCCUGCGGAGAACGUCCCCCAGCAAUACAUCCGGUCGAACAGCUUCGAAUUCCGAACCAAAAAUUGCAAGAUGACACCGUUUACAAGUUGUCCUUCCCCAUAUACUGCAACGCGGAACGGCCUGCACCGAUUCUUCCAAGACCAGCGCCUCUGAUAGGGGACGGACCGAUACAGGAAAUCACCACCACUCGGCAUGACUUUGUUUGUAAAAGUGGUAUGAAGCGCGAACCAAUUAUGCCACACAAUUUGUUGCAUUUAUCACCUGCUAAGUUGGAAAGUGAAACUGUGAACCGGUUAUCCUAUCCAGCCAACAAGGAAAAUAUCGUUCCGACAAAAUCCUGCAAGCCAAUAGUCACAUACAAACGUCCUGAGCAACCAAUGGAGAGUGAAACGACCCAAAAGCGUAGCUACAUGCCGGUAUAUCCAGCACCGAAGGAGAACUACCCGUGGGCACAGAGGUCUCGAUACCAGCCGCCUUCAUUACCGAUGGAAACGGACACAACCGCCAAAUUGAGCUACCCGGUACCCGGGUACUAUAUUGAAGAAUCUUGUGGCAGCGCUGCCGGUCCGUGUUGCCAGUCUUGUGAUCCUGCCAUGGUGAACUGUUGUGGCAAUCUUAUGCCCAAUAAUGGAUGCUAUCCACGGGCGGCCAUCGUCAGCUAGAGUAUAUUGCGGGGAUAGGAAGACACAUAUAGAAAAUCCACUACCACUACCAAGUACGUACUAGGAUGAAAAGCAGGAAACCAAAAUUUUGUACCAUAAAUCGAAGAAAAAAUCUUCCUGUAGAUUAUCUGUAUUUAUUAAAGCUCUAUCUUUGUAGUAUCUAUUUAACGUUAUCGAAAAACUAAAUUAUAAUGUCAGGUACAAGAGGCCUUGCUAUGUGUUCCCAA